GACUCUUGAUGCAGCUGCUGUUGCCAUUGGAAUAUGCCAUCCAGAAUCCUAGUGGCUGUGCACGGUGGUGCCCUCUGAACUCCAAAUGUGUCAACGCCACGGCCUGUCAGUGCUCUCCGGGGUUCUCUUCUUCUUCUGGGGAGAUCUUCACUGACCAGUUGGAGAGUUGUGAUGACAUCAAUGAGUGUGGACCGCCCUUGGCAGUGUCCUGUGGAAAAUUUGCAGACUGCCAGAACACAGAGGGGAGCUUCCACUGUGAAUGCUGGCCCGGGUACGAACUUGCUUCUGGGGGAAAAACAUUCAAGAAUAAAAGUGAGAACACAUGUCAAGAGGUGGACGAAUGUCAGCGGAAACCCAGAAUCUGUAAAGGCCGAAGCAUCUGUGUCAGAACCCAGGGCAGCUUCACCUGUGUGUGCCCACCCGGCUUGGAGCCCAACAAGACAGACCCGGGCACGUGCUCAGACGUGAAUGAAUGUACUUCGGGGCAAAGCCCGUGCCACACCACUGCCCACUGCCUCAACAACAUUGGGAGCUAUGAGUGCCGCUGCCGCCCUGGCUGGAAGCCCAUUCCCGGGUCCCCCAAUGGCCUGAACAACACCAUCUGUGAAGAUGUGGACGAGUGCAGCUCCGGUCAGCCUGCGUGCCACAGCUCCACCGUCUGCAUCAACACUAUAGGCUCAUACAGGUGCCGCUGCCGCCGUGGCUGGGAGCCCAAACCCGGGUUCCAGAAUAUGCAAAUGAACACCACCUGUCAAGAGAUGUCCUUCCCACCCUGGACCCCACCCCCUGGGAUCCAGAGGUUGACCAUGAGUGGGCUGUUCUCUGGGGCUGAGUGGGCGGGGUCUUCAUGGCUCACCUGCCCUGUUUUCUCAUCCCCCCAGGACCUCAUACAGGAGGUGGAUGAGUUGCUGCAGGCCCCGGAUGACCUGGAGGCCCUGUCCCCUUUGGAGCAGCGCUGUGUGGCCACGAACCUGCUCUCUGGCCUGGAGGACGUCCUGAGAGAUGUAAGUCAGGCCCUUCCCAAUGGGCCAUUGACCUUCAAUGCCUCUGCAGGCACAGACCUGUCCCUGAAUGUGCAACAGCAAGAAAACAUAAAUGUCACCUUGUGUCAGAACCAGGCAAAGAUGUGGUUGAGCUUGGAUGUGAUGCAUGAAUCUAGUGACUCAGGUCCUUCUGUGGUGGGCCUCAUCUCCACUCCAGGGAUGGGCAAGUUACUGGCAGAGGCGCCCCUGGUCCUGGAGCCUAAGCAGCAGGAAGCUGUGCAUGAGCACAAGGGCUUGCUGGGAGAGGUCUCCCCUGUCCUGCUCUCAGAUGUUAUCUCUGCCUUCAUAAGCAACAAGGACACCCAGAGCCUCAGCUCCCCCGUCACCUUCAUCCUCUCCCACCAGCUGCUGACACUUGGGAACACGCAGGAGGUGCUCUGUGUCUUCUGGGAGCACAGUCAGGAUGGAUGUGGCCAUUGGUCCACCACAGGCUGCAGGACGGUGGCCACUGGAGACACCAGCACCACCUGCGAAUGCACCCACCUCAGCAGCUUUGCCGUCCUCAUGGCUCAGUACGACGUGCAGGAGGAGGAUCCCGUGCUGGUUGUGAUCACCUAUGUGGGGCUGGGCCUCUCUCUGCUGUGCCUCCUCCUGGCAGCCCUCACCUUCCUGCUGUGCAAAGCCAUCCAGAACACCAGCACCUCACUCCACCUACACCUCUCAGUCUGCCUCUUCCUGGCCCACCUGCUCUUCCUCACGGCCAUCAACCAGACCAAGAUCAAGGUGCUGUGCGGCAUCAUCGCGGGGGCCUUACACUAUCUCUACCUGGCCGCCUUCACCUGGAUGCUGCUGGAGGGUCUGCACCUCUUCCUCACUGCACGCAACCUGACGGUGGUCAACUACUCCGGGCUGAACAGGUUCAUGAAGUGGCUCAUGUUCCCUGUGGGCUAUGGAGUCCCGGCUCUAAUUGUGGCCAUUUCUGCUGCAUCCAGACCUCACCUUUAUGGAACAGCCACCCGCUGCUGGCUCGACACAAAAAAGAUAUUUAUAUGGAGUUUCCUCGGACCAGUUUGUGCCAUCAUUGCUGUCAAUUUAGCAUUGUUUCUGAUGACCUUCUGGAUUUUGCAAAGCAAACUGUCUUCCCUCAACAGUGAUGUGUCCACCCUUGGGAAUACAAGGUAAGUAGGAAAAGAGAGUGACAACCCCACAGGCAGGUGUGGUUCUGAGGACAAAGCCCUGUACCUCGGCAGCC